AUGGCUUUGAACCCGAAAAAAACAAAGGAUGUGUGGAUUUGUUUCACAGACUCAAUCCCAGAACCACCUCGCGUCAAAGUCAAUGAUGAAGAAGUAGAAAGGGUAAACAGUUUCAAGCUCCUGGGUGUAUCAUGCCAAAAUGAUCUUUAUAAAUGGAAUGAACAUGUAAACCAAAUUACAUGUAAGGCAAACAAGAAAUUAUACCAUCUUAGACAGUGUAGGAGAUCCCAACUACCAACAGAGGUCGGGUUGACAAAUAUAUCUAAAAUUCGACCAGUGAUAAGUAUGCAUCGCCUGUUUGGGCAGGGCUUCCAGAUUAUCUACAACAAGAAAUUGAGCGUGUACAGACAAGAAGUCAAGAAGUCUGAGAAUUAG